GUCGACUACUACUACUACCACAACAUCGUCUGGAUUCACCACUACAACAACCACGACGACCCCAGGAGGUGCUGUCACAACAACGACAACGACAACAACUCCGGGUGGGGGUGCUUCGACCGCAACAUCACCAGCGUCAGCAAGCACAGGCACUACAUCGAGAGGCAGUACAGGUACGUCAGUUUCAGCAACUGCCCCAGCGUUUACAGGAGUAUGCACAACAAGCGGCCCGGUCGAGCCUGCAGCGCCAGUCUGUCCAGGUGCCAAUAACACACAAUUCACCUCGCCCUGCGGCAGUGUCUAUACCGUCUAUUGUGGGUUCGACAACACUCCAGCAAGUGUUUCCACGACCUCCGCGUCUAGCCUAUCAGUAUGCAUGGCCAAUUGUGAUGCGUAUACCGGAUGCAAAGCUGCCAGUCUUCAAGGAACAACAUGCUAUCUCAAGACUGGAUUCAACAGCCUCACCAGCAAUAGCGGCCUUCAUUCUCUGGUCCGCACGAUCCCGCCAAACCCGAACUAUGCGGCGCCUUAUCCCGCUGGGACAGGGAACGCUUCGACUGGCUGCGGUCAACCAUUAUGGUCUGGCCUCGUUCCGGACGGCACUGCUCAAUCAUACACUUUCACGGGCCCUGAUGGGCUGACGCGUAGUUACCUCCUUCAUAUCCCGAAGUACUACGACCCGAACAAAGCUUCCCCUCUCAUGUUUGGCUUUCACGGAAAUGGCGGCGAUGCUGCUGCAAUCCAGGCUCAGGUACAAUGGGAUGACAAGAUCUUGAAUCCGUAUGGCAUCGCUGUCUACGUCACUGGCAUGGGCAAAGGUUUCAUCUCGAACCCGGAUUGGGGUCCAACAGGAGCAAACUAUCCAAACUUGGACGAUGUUGGAUUCAUGAGGAUGUUUGUGCCCUUCCUGACGAGCAGCUUCUGUGUUGACACUGGUCGAAUCUUCGCUGCCGGACAAAGCAAUGGAGGCGGCCUCGUGCAAGUUUUGGCAUGCGACCCCUACAUGAGCCAGGUCAUCAGUGUCUUCGCUGGAAGCUCGGCCGCCAUGUAUACAAACAACACCAGUGGCGAUCCUCUCACAAUCGAGCCCAUCAAUACUCCAACCCAAGCUCUAUGCCUGCCAUCGCGUAACAACAUCGCUUUAGUUGAAAUCCAUGGUCUUAACGACGGAGUAAUCAACUACAGUGGCGCGCUCUACAGAAGGCGAAUCUUGCCUCAAAUCCCGCGCUGGGCCACUCGAUGGGCAGAGCGUCAGGGCUAUAGCGGCACAAACGUGACCACCGUAUUGAGCACCGGCACCAAUGGUGUGACGAGAUAUCAAUUUGGAAAU